UUUUUUUUUUUUAGACUCUGCAGCUUCAUAAAAUACUCCAAAUAUAGAAUAUACGAGUCCCGCCUUCUUUGAUAUCAAAAAACUGACUGUGUAAAGGAGCGACCAACCAACCACGGGGGCUGGAGAAUCUCACGGACAUCACCGGAGAGCAGCACUGCCGGUCCUCAGUUCAGAUGUGGGACUGACACACUUCAGAUGAUGGGAACAGCACCGGACCAUCCGCCUGCCACAGCUUAAGGCAGUUCUUCCAGGAGUUCAAGCCUCAGCUGACACUUGAACUACAUCCUCCUCUAUUAUUCAGAUCGUAGCAGGUCGAGCGCUUCGGGAAGAAGAGAAGGGAAGGGGACUGUGGGACUGUAAGACCCAGACCAGGGUCCGGAUCAGCACAAUGCAAAACAGGAGGCUGCAGAAGAAAGUUAGAGAUCCCACCGACAGCUGCGUCAGGUAGUCAGCUGUGACUGCAACCAUGUAGCGGCUGUGUUUACUUCAGAAAAGUCUUCAUCAGAUGUCAUGCACGACACUUUAAGACAAGUAGCUCUUAGGUUGUGAGGUUCAGGAGCCUGUCGCCGUUUGCUGCUGUUCCAAACAUGGCAAGACUCCGGAGGAAAGCUUGCAUAGCCUUGUUCCUGUUCACCUUGUUUGUCUUCGGAACCAUGAUGGGACUGAGGACGCUGAAGCCCAGUGACGGCUUCUCGGAUCUGGCUCCGGGCUUGGAGAUCUUACCCAUGAUCGGGGGGAAGAUGGACCGGCGCUCCGUGUCCCGUGAUGCCACUGCGUCCCCGGGUCAAGCCCACCAACCCAACACCAAAGCAGUUUUGUCUAACUCCGGCCCCGAGGGGACAAUAUUUUAUGACGUUCACAUUUUCUACUACAUCUGGUAUGGGAACCCCCAUAUGGACGGCAAAUAUAUCCACUGGGACCACAUCCUAGUCCCGCAUUGGGAUCCCAAAAUCGCAGCCAGCUACCCGAGAGGAAGACACAUGCCUCCUGAAGACAUCGGCUCCAGCUUCUACCCAGAACUCAACCCCUACAGCUCCAGAGACCCGGACGUGUUGGAGUCCCACAUGGAGCAGAUCGGAGCAUCUGCAGCAGGGGUUCUGGUCCUGUCCUGGUAUCCGCCCGGCCUGGCUGAUGAUAAUGGGGAACCCGCUGAGGAUUUGGUACCAGCUGUACUGGAUGCUGCAUAUAGACACAACCUCAAGGUUGCAUUUCACAUCCAGCCAUACAGAGGACGGAAUGACCAGAGCGUACAUGACAAUGUUAAGUACAUCAUUGACAGGUACGGUGACCAUGGGGCGUUCUAUAAAUUCACCUCCAGCACAGGGAAGAGUCUUCCUCUGUUCUACAUCUACGACUCCUACCUAACUCCUCCUGAGUCCUGGUCUGAGCUUUUGACUCCCACGGGUUCCCACAGUGUGCGUGGAUCAGCCUACGACUCCAUGUUCAUUGCCCUGAUUGUGGAGGAGAGGCAUAAGCACGACAUCCUGGCUGGUGGUUUUGACGGCAUGUACACUUACUUUGCCUCCAACGGCUUCUCCUUUGGUUCUUCUCACCAGAACUGGAAAGCCAUCAAAGCCUUCUGUGAUGGCAACAAUCUCCUCUUCAUCCCCAGUGUGGGGCCGGGAUACAUAGACACCAGCAUCCGACCGUGGAACAACCACAACACCCGCAACCGGGUCAACGGGCGUUACUAUGAGACGGCCCUGCAGGCUGCACUGAAUGUACGGCCGGAAAUGGUCACCAUCACAUCCUUUAAUGAAUGGCACGAGGGGACGCAGAUUGAGAAAGCUGUUCCUAAAAAAACUGUAACCCGAGUGUACUUGGACUAUCAGCCACAUGGACCUGAUCACUACCUGGAGCUGACCCGCCACUGGGCCGAGCAGUUCAACAAAGAGAAGGAGCAAUGGCUCAUGUGAGCUGGAACCCAAGGACUAAAAAUGACACGCUCUAAGGCAGGGGUGUCGAACAUACAAAGGAGUCCAAAGGAGUCCAAUCCGGCCUGUGGGCUGAAUUUGUGAAAUGCAGAAAUUACAUUGAAGAUA